AUGUGUUCAACUUGCUAUUGCAAUUCGGGUGGUUCAGGUUUAGCAUAUCCAAUAUAUUCAGUUACAUGUUCUCAAUCGUCUGAAUGUUCCGUGGUAGCAUGUUCAAUAUGGUAUCCUCAACAAUGUGGAUUAGGAAUAACGUGCACUCCAACAUGUAGUGGAAAUACAAUAUGGACGAAUACUAUUACUAUUAUAUUCGCUGGUGUCAGUGUAAUAAUGUUAAGAAUGUUUCAUUUAACCUAAGUUGGACCGAUAUAAUUUCGACUAAUGUUAUGUUGACAAUGAAAUUAAUUAGCAAUAGCACGCAAAUCUAUGAACAGAAAAAAAAGAAGUUGAUUAAUCCUUUCUUUUGUUAUCGCUAAGCAAUGACUUCGACUAUUGAUUUUUUAUUUUACUUAUUUUAUUUAUGAAUAGUGUUUAUAUUCAGAUGGCCCAGAAUAAAUGGCUUUCCCCGUAUUUUGCUUAUAAUUUUUUUCUUUUCAAUUCUUAAACAUGUUUCUUUUUCCAAUACAUGCGUCGUCAAAUUCCUUACAGGCUUGAUGAAACUUAUUUCUAUAGAAAGUUAAGGAGGAAAAUUAAACUGACGAGGAAAGGACACCAACUGGGAAAUCGCUUUUGAGCCGUGAGCUAGUGGAGAAUAGGUAAUCAAGUAUGCUGAAUCCGAAUAUGGCAAUCAUUUGGGCCGCUAGCCCUCUUGAGACCCAGUUUUUAAAAAAACAGUUUUCUAGGCC